AUGACCGCCUCUUACAAAGCACAAGUCUUGCCAUCGGCAGAAGAACGCGACUGUCCUAAUGAGACAGAGCGAAUUACAGUUUGCGAUACCACCUCUCCCGAAAUCAAUUCAACUUCGGCCCCUUCUUGGCCAGCUACUUUCCAUGAGUUCCGCUUUGGACCUUUGUCGAAAGACCCCAAGUGGUCAAGGUUCAGCCCAGAACACUGGGAGAUUGUGCCAGACGACAUGAUGAUGAAUGGACAACUUGUCCGUGAAGGUCAGAAUUGUAGCGAUGCAGGAGGUAUGGAUUGGAUGGUGAAAGCCAAAAAGCCUCCUACCUUCACAUGCUUUGGACAGUUGCCAACGGAGUUAAGAUUGCUUAUAUGGAAAUUUGCACUGCCGCAACCGCGUGUCGUCCAAUUGGCAGAGGUGACCAGCUAUUCCUCGGGGUUUUUACAUCAAGGACAUCAUUUCGGAAGGGAGCAUCUUUCAACAUGCUGGGAAGCACGUCUUGUCUUCCUUGAGCACUACCAUCACGUCUCACACCUUCAAAGAUCGAGCUGGCAACCCAUUGAAGGCAUUUCUUGCAAAGAGGGACAGCACAUCAACGACCUCAACACAAGAACCAGAUACAUUGAUGCCAUCAGAGACACACUAGUCAUCAGUAUCGAUUUCGUUUUGGAGGAUGAUGACUCGGAUUGGCGUUGGCAGUUGGAUGUUUCUCGUAUUCAGACUCUGGGCAUCUUUGAUGCGCACAAGCUCGAUGACGUGGGAUUGGGACAUACUAUAUGGCCUCGCAUGGAAGCAAGAUGCCCAGCUUUGAAGAACUUCUCCCUAGUCCUUGGCUCGCCUCAAGACAGCGACUCGGACUGGAAGGACAGUUCGCAUCUUCGAUUGGUGGAAGUCGACGAAAAUCUGAGAUCUCUCCAGAUAUCGCCAUACACCUUCAGUGAAGAGCACGAAGCUACUUGGGCAUUCUCACACGAAUCAGCAAUCCAGCCAUACCUUACCGGAGCAGCCCUCGUGCGAGAGCGAUUCGAACACAAUAAGGAAGAAAAUGGGGCAGGUCGGGAGGGAAUUAAUCUUCAAGUUGCGUUCUUGUCCGUCGAAGGGUGGAACGAUUGGUGGGAUCACGAAGUCUGGACCGUUGCCCCAAAGCCUAGAGCACCGUACGAAAUCUUCAAGUACGCAUUCAAACCAAUCUUGCCUUGACCAUCGCCGAGAUGGAGUUCAAGGCUGUUGGCCUAGAGGAUAUGAUCGUACUUUGUGAUGAAGAUGGGGAAAUUCACAGUCACUACGACGGGAUCAAGGAGCUUCUUGACUCGGAAGACGAUACAUAUCGUGAGGACAGGGGUUCGGGGAGAAAGAUCAUUCGCCAGGAGUGCCGUUUUGUGGAGGUGGACGAUUGAGGCGAAGAGAUGAGGAGGUCGAGUAGCAUGAGAGAGGGAUGUAUCUGAUCAGGAC